UCUCACAUGUCGUAAAAUUGCAAGUUUGCAACACAGCGACCGAGGUUUUGAAAGCUUGACAACUGACAAGCGACAGUUGCAUGUCCCUGUAUCCUUCUAACAGGCCUUAAAGAAUGUCUUCUGAGAAAACGCUGGCCGCUGGGAGCCCAGAAAUGCAACUUUUUAAGCAAAGAGCAUCCAACUUUUUUUCAGAGCAUGGCCGGCUUCAUGGUCUGAAUUUUAAACCGCGAUCAGACGAUGUGUUCGUUGUAACUUCGCCCAAAUGUGGCACAACAUGGAUGCAACAGAUCUUACACCAGCUACGAAGUGGUGGAGAUAUGUCAUUUGAUGAAAUCACUGAUGUUGUUCCAUUCCUAGAAAGUGCUUAUGAUACAGAGAGAGAUCUUGAAGCUGAGCACAAUUUUCAACCACGAUGUUACAUGACCCAUGCUUGGUAUUCUGACUGUCCCAAAGGUGCUAAAUACAUUGUCAUCUACCGUGAACCAUGUGCUUCGUUCAGUAGUUACUUUAACUAUGUCAAAGGCUGGAUUUUCCACCCAGGGGAGAUUUCCCUCCAUGAAUUUGUGGAAGAAUUUUUGCUUGUUAAAGGUGAACCAAAAAGCAAAAUGGAGAAUGCCUCAUAUUUUGUUCACUUGAUGAGCUGGUGGGAACACAGGAACGAUCCAAAUGUUUUGUUUUUGUUCUACGAGGACAUGAAAGACGACUUGGAGAGCGUAGUCAGAAAGGUUGCAUCAUUCAUAGGAAUUGAAGACGAAGAAAGAAUUAAAAAGACUGUUGAAAUGAGUUCCUUUGAAUUCAUGAAGAGCAACGAGAGGAAAUUUACUCCUGUGCGCGUAGCAAAAUAUCGAAAUAAAAUUUGUGGUUUACCUGAGGGAGCCGUAGGUAGAAUGGUCGUCACAGGAUCUGCGACUAAAGGACGAGAAAUGAUGGAUGAGAAGACUAAAGAAAUGAUUCAAGCAAAGUGGAAUGAGGUGGUUUGGAAACAGACUGGAUUUCAAGAUUACCAACAGCUGAGAAACGCAUUCAAGAAGCAAAACGAAAAUGAAUGAACUAAAUGGAAUAACAUCUAAUUAGAAAAAU